CAUGCCAAGUAUUCCUUUAUUUGAAACAAAGAUAAAUUCUGCACAUUUUUUUGAAAAGUGCAAAUUUAACCAAGACUAAAAGGGGAAAAUCAAUGGUGGUAUUACACCUAAUAUCAUGAUUAUUGUCUUUUUGUAAAAAGUGCAAAACAGAAAAAAACAAAACAAUCCAGAGAAAAUUUGGUUGUGAAAGCUACAGAUAAUGGAAUAAAAAUUAACAAUAAGAAUGUGGGUGGACUUGUUCUGGAUGGAUUCUACAAUCUGUGGAAGGACAAGUUAUUGUGUGAUGUUAAACUUAUGUGUCAUAAUGAAGAAAUCUAUGCUCAUCGUUCCAUGCUGUUGAUCUACAGUGACUAUUUUAAAGCAAUGUUUACUAUAGGUUUAUCAGAAUCAUCACAAACCAUGCCACAGAUACAGUUAGACGAGGCCUCACCUGAAGCUUUGAAAUCUCUAUUACUAUACAUGUAUACAGGAUCUUUGUCUGUAACCAAUGACACAUUACAAGAUUUGAUUGUAUUAACUGAUUUACUGCAAAUGAGAGAUGUUAAAGAACAGUGUUUCCUGUACAUGGAGAAAAGUUUGGAUGUCACCAAUUGUUUAGGUAUGUGGGACUUUGCAGAGACUUAUGGCAGUACAACAUUGUUAGUGAAAGCUAUUUCCUUAGUGAAAAGAAGAUUUCCUGUUAUAGUACAAACCGAAGAAUUCUUAAAUAUUUCAUCAACAAGACUUGGAAGAAUUCUCAAGUUUGAAGACUUAUCAUUAGGUAACAAUGGUGAAGAUGAUGUGUUUAAGGGUGUUGUCAGGUGGUUAGAACAUGAUGUGACAGAAAGGAUAUUUUUUUUUAAAGAUAUGUUAAAGUUGGUCAAACUGAUUCAUGUCUCCUCACCAGUUAUCAAUGAAUUAAAACAAAUGAUGUUUAUGCAAGAAAAUCUGGAUAUAAUGACAUCAAUUAAUUUCCAAAGAAGUACUGAUAAGGACUGUCUGCCACGUCACCCAAUACAAUGUAUUUAUGUUGUUGGGGGUUACCUUCAAUCUAGAACAGGUCCAAUGUGUCCAAGAUUAAAAACUGUAGAAAGAUAUAACUUCAAAGACAAUGUAUGGAAACAAUCUGAGACUUUACCAGUGUUAGCAUCAGGGGUACAAGUUUUUAAUAUUCAUGGGAAAUUGUUUACAACUUCAUUUGAAAUGAGCCAUGGAGAUAGUCUCAUGCCAUAUGUAUCUUCUACCCCAGGUUUCUAUGAAUAUGACAAUAUACAAAACAUAUGGAAAGAGGCAAAUGAUUGUUUUGCUCCAAGUGCUGCUAAAGUUAUACAUGACUGUUUACAAAAGAGUGGAUCUCUAGCAGUUUGUCCAAGGACCAAUAAAAUUUAUAUUAUGUCAGAAACAGAUAUUUACUGUAUUGAUAGUACAGUUAAUGAUGGAGAGGUAAGCUUCAGUGAAGCGGAACAGCUACCAAGUCUUCAAGAAUUAGAAUCUUACUCAAAUCAUGCGACUGUGAUACACAAAGAUCAUUUAUAUGUGUUAGGAGGGGACAGAAGAUUAUCAGCAUCAGAAAUAUUUCCUGUGGCUUCUGUUUUUAUGUUUGAUUGCUCUGAAAAUAAAUGGAUCACAAAAACUAGUAUGCAAGAACCAAGAGCUAGAUUUUCAGCCGUAGUCAUGGAUGAUUCUAUCUAUGCAGUAGGUGGAUUCAAUUCAAGACGUUUACGGUCAGUUGAAAGAUAUGACCCAGUUACAGACAAGUGGAGAUAUAUUGAGAGUAUGAAUAAAGAAAGAUCCCAUUUCAAAUGUGUUGUUCACCUUAACAAAAUUUAUGCAAUGGGUGGCAAAUCGUACUCCAGGUAUGAAGGAGGAGCAAGAAAAGUGUUGAGUAGUUGUGAAGUUUAUGAUCCUGAAACAGACAUGUGGACAUAUACUACACCGAUGAACCAGGCCAGAUGUCUUUUUGGGGCUGAAUUGUUUUGAUAUACAAGUGUCUACAAUUUAAACUAUAAACUUUCUACUAUGAUGGUAUAAUAGCUUUACACUAUGUCUAUGGGGAGAUAACUAAUUGUCAAGUUAUGAUGCAAUAAGUUUGCUGCAUAUAUUUACCUGGACCUGAAAUAAGUUCAACAUUGCAUGGUGUUUUUAUGAUAUACGAUACAAUUACUUAUUUUUAAUUUUUGUCUAAAAAUGGCUGUGAAAGACAUAAGUUUUU